AUGUCCACCAUUUCGCCCUUCGAGCCCCUCGUGCUCACUUCUCCCUCCUCCUCUCUCUCCUUCCAUCUCCUUCCCUACGGCCUCAUCCCGCACCGUCUGCUCCUCUCCAAAGACGGCCUCAUCCACGACCUGCUCGCCGGUCCCGAGGAUCCCGCAGACCACCAUGCCACGGGCCGCUGCUUCUUCGGCCCCGUGAUUGGCCGCUAUGCGAACCGCCUCGAGGCGGGCACGUGCAAGUAUGUCGGCGGCCAGAUGCACGUGCCAGAGUGGGGAGGCGAGAAUCUCUGCCUGCACGGCGGACCCGGCGCUGGGCCAGGCGGCAACGCAGCGGCGGAGCUGCCCUCGAUUCCCGCCGACACGACGCCGCUGCAGCGCGGGCCGCUCGACACGCUCGUCUGGACGCCCCUCUCCUCUCCCAAGCUCUUCUCUGCGCCGAGCGAUGCCUCUGCCGUCGUGUUUGGUCUGCUGCACGGCGCAAGCGAGGAUGGGCCUCAAGGCACCCUCUACUUUGAGGUGCGCUUCGCAGUCGAAGGCCCCACGUCCGUCUCUCUGCCCUCCGACGUGCCCGCACUCGGAAAGAGCGCAGGGAGCGUCUCGAUUGCCUAUCGUGCCGUGCAUGCGCCGCAAGCAGGCGAGAAGGAAUGCGACAUCACGCCGCUCAAUCUCACGCAUCACUGGGCCUUCAACCUCUCUGCCUCUUCUCCCGAGGCGCGUGAGCAGGAGGACGGCACGAUUGAUGCCCACACCCUGCGCUUCUUCGGACCGGAGAUCCACACGCUCGACCUCGACUCUCGACUGGUGCCCACGGGCAAACUGCUCGACUGCACGAAGACUCCCGGCGCGGACUUCGCCACCAAGGGUCCGCAGGGCUACGGACGCAAGAUGGGAGAGAGCGCGCCGCAGGGAGGGCAUGAUCAUUGGUAUGGCUGGGGCGCUGGCUCGAGGCAAGGCCAACUGCGUGCGCUUCUGAGGGCAGAAAGCACGGGCAUUGCAGUGUCGUUUGAGACGGAUCAAAGUGGCACUCAGCUGUACGGCGCAGUCGGCCAGCCGCAUCCUCCCGCCUCUCUCAAGGCCGGCGGCGCAAAGAAGCUGGCGCACGGCGGCAACGGCACGGAGGCAAAUGCAUUCUGCAGUGCCGCGUUCCUCGAGUUCGCCCAUCCCCACUCGACGCUCAACCACGACGCGCUGAGGACGUUUGCAGGCAGCGACACGACGCUCAAGCAGGGCGAGACGUAUGCGAACUGGACGAGGGCGGAGGUGUGGAUUGCUUGA